AAAACUGUGUGACAAGUGAUAAGCUUAUGUACACCACUCUCUCUCAAACAAAUCUCCAACACACACAAGACAAUGGUGAAAGAAACAGAACUCAUCUUCAUCCCAGUCCCUUCAACAGGCCACAUCCUCGUAAACAUCGAAUUCGCCAAGCGUCUCAUCAACUUCGACAACCGAAUCAACACCAUCACAAUCCUCCAACUACAUUCCCCAACAAGCCCAAACGCAGCCGUUUUCGCCAAAUCCCUCGUAGCUUCACAUCCCCAGAUCCGUCUCCACGACCUUCCCCUCCUCGACGAUCCUCCACCGUUGGAUCUCUUCCACAGAGCUCCAGAAUCAUACAUAGUCCAGAUCAUCAAAAAAACCACUCCUCUGAUAAAACAAGCAGUUUCAACCAUCGUCGACGACUCUCGUCGGUCCGGUUCGGUUCGUGUAGCCGGUUUAGUUCUCGAUUUCUUCUGUAACUCUUUGAUUAAAGAUGUAGGCAACGAGCUUAACCUCUCCUCUUACAUAUUCCUAACGUGUAACGCAAGAUACUUGAGUAUGAUGAAGUAUCUCCCGGGUCGACAUCUAAAACUCGGGUCAAAGCUUAACUGGAGCUCCGGAGAUGAGGAAUUAACGAUUCCUGGAUUCGUUAACCCUAUCCCGACGAAGUUUCUCCCGUCCGGUUUGUUUAACGAAGAAGCUUACGAGGCGUACGUCGACCUAUCGCCGAGAUUCGGAGACGCGAAGGGUAUUUUGGUAAAUUCGGUGAGGGAGAUUGAGCCGUACACGUUUGGUUAUUUCUCGGAUCUGGAGGAGGAUUAUCCUCCGGUUUACCCGGUCGGACCGAUUCUCAGCUUGGAGGAUCGAGCGAGUCCUGACGAGGAGGAGGCAGCAGAUAAAACUCGGAUCUUGAGAUGGCUUGAGGAGCAGCCGGAGUGUUCUGUUGUGUUUUUAUGUUUUGGGAGUAGAGGGAGUGUUGAUGAGGCGCAGGUUAAGGAGAUUGCUCACGCGCUUGAAGUUGUCGGGUGUAGAUUUCUUUGGUCGAUUCGGACAGGUUCUGGGGAGAGGACUGAUCCGACAGAUGUGUUGCCGGAGGGGUUUAUGGGACGUGUGGCGGGUAAGGGGUUGGUUUGUGGUUGGGCUCCGCAAGUGGAAGUGUUGGAACAUAAGGCGGUUGGAGGGUUUGUGUCUCAUUGUGGUUGGAACUCCACGCUUGAGAGUUUGUGGUUUGGUGUUCCUGUCGCCACGUGGCCUAUGUAUGCUGAGCAGCAGCUGAAUGCGUUCACGUUGGUGGAGGAGUUGGGGUUGGCUGUGGAUUUGCGGAUGGAUUAUGUGUCUGGUCGUGGAGGUUUGGUGACUUGUGAGGAGAUUGUAAGAGCUGUGAGGGAUUUGAUGGAAGGUGGGGAGGGGAAGAGGGUGAAGGUGAAGGAGAUGUGUGAUGCGGCGAGGAAGGCUGUGAUGGAUGGAGGAUCGUCUUCUUUGGCUACGGCUCGGUUCAUUGAUGAAUUGCUGCAGGAUGGUUCAGACUAAUGCAACAUGCUUUGGUUUAUUUAUCUCUGAUGUUUCACCAAUUAAGAAACUCUGUGGCUUAAACGGUGUGGCAGUGUUCUAAUAUCAUUCUGAAACUAUAGAAUCUGUUUAUUAGUGUUUCCAUACAUUAGUAGUCACAACAGAAUAAAACACAAAAUCAUUUGAGAUGAAUAGAUCAGAAAGCUCAAAUAUAUUAAGACUCUUUUAAGUCGAAUGUAUGGAUUACUAAUCAUUAAUCAUGUACAAUUUAUGGUUGAUACGUUAAGAUAAGCUCUCCAAAUUGAAAAAUCGAUAGAACCUUAUGUUCUACCUAGUAUAACAGAAAAAUGUAUUCAA